AUGGAUGACGAAGAACUUCGAGUUGGCGAAGAAAUUGGUGUAGAGCUCCUGCAAGCAAUCGACGACUCCCAGAUCUACGUACCCAUCUUCUCAGAAAAUUAUGCCAGUAGAAAAUGGUGUCUCCGUGAGCUUGUAAGGAUGGUAGACAACAUAUCCAAGUCAAAGGAGAAAAAAAUCCUACCCAUUUUUUACUACGUGAAGCCAGAUGAUGUUGAUCUUAAAACCGAAUCAUACAGAAAGGCCAUGGGAGAGCUCAAGAAGGAGCACGAGAAGAAGCAACAGGAGAAGUUUCCCCACGAAGUAGAAUCCUGGGAGGGAGAACUCUGGGAGAAGGCUCUUACGAAGGUCGGUAAAAUCAAGGGUUGGGUGUUGCAACAAGGCAAAAGUCAAGCGGAACUUUUGGACUUGGUAGUUGAAAAGGUUUUGCAGGAGCUGAAGAUAAGACAUAAGUCUGUGACUAAAGAUUUAGUCGGACUUGAUGAUCGAGUGGCAGAAGUACUGGAAUUGUUAGAUGUUGACUGUAGUGAUGAAGUGAGGCUGCUCGGAAUUCAUGGAAUGGGGGGCAUCGGUAAAACCACUCUAGCGAGGGUCGUCUACAGCGAACUUCUUUCUCACUUUGGAAAGAAUUGUGCCUUCUUUGAUGAUAUUCGAGAAACGUUUAACAGGAAGGGGAACACAGGUGUACUGGAGACUAUCGAAAAAAUGAAGUUGAAGAAUUCUGACCUUGCGCUCCAAAUUCUGGCUUAUGAAAUGGCAGAAAUGGAAUUUAGCCACGCGCUCCAACUUUUCAAGAGGCAUGCAAUUUUGGAAGGCUCUCCAGCAAGGGAUGUUGACGACCUCGCAAUAGAUAUUGUCGAUACUACUGGGGCCUUCCUUUGGCUUCAAGAAAUCGACGACUCCAUUGGAAAGCUAAAGUGCUUGCUUGACUUGAAUAUCACCAAUUGUGGGCUCAUUGAACGAGUGCCUGAUGAAAUUGGAGGGUUAGUGAAGCUUGAGCGCUUCUCUUUGAAGAGUUGCUACGAAGUGCACGGACUCCCCACCUCUAUCGGCGACUUGGCAUCAUUAAGGAAGUUGGACCUUUCAAAGACUGGAAUUACAAGCCCCGUCCAUUGA